UCCACAUCCACAUCCACAUCCCCAUCCCCAUCCCCAUCCACCUCAACUUACCUUUUUUCUCUUCAUGCCCUUUUUCUCCUCAAACACUUCAUUCUGAAGUGGCACAACCGUUCACCCAACUUCUCACUUCCUCACCCUUUUUUCCACUCUAUCCUUACCGUUUAACGUGCCAAGUGACUGUGUCAAUUAUUAAAACUGUGCAAAAUAUUCAUCUGUGACUGGAUCUGUGCAAUUGGAUAAUUUCAUUCUUAUUAUAUUUUCUUUAUUAUUCUUCAUUAAUUUAUUAAAUAUUCAGUUCAAUUGAAUUCAAUAUAAAUUUGUGGUGGGAAAAGUGGGCAGAAGGAUGGCAACGAUGGCCCUGUGGUAUAUUCUCCUGACCUGCCUAAUGAUUUUUAUAUUGUGGAAGAAAGGAAUGGUUGUCCAAUGGUUCUUCCCAGAAAUUGAGGAGAGAAAAAAACCAAGUCUCAAGGGACCACGGAGUUUACCUGUUAUCGGUAGUCUCCACCUUCUUGGUGGUCCAGGAGGUCCAUUCGAGGCAUUCACCAGGCUUGCCAAGGAGUACGGUGAUAUUUACGAGAUUCAACUUGGUGUAGCCAAGUGCGUAGUUGUCAGCAGCUACAGUCUCCUCAGAGAAGUACUCAUCACCAAGGGAAAUGAUUUUGGAGGAAGACCCGAUUUCUUAAGAUUCCACGCACUCUUCGGUGGUGACAGGAAUCAUUCUCUUGCGUUGUGCGACUGGUCAGAAGUUCAGCGGACGAGGCGUUCUCUUGCCAGGAGCUUUUGUUCACCCCGUGGUGGGAGCUUUCAGCUAGAGGAAUUGUCAAGGAUUGCUGCACUUGAGGCAUCAGAUUUACUUUCGACAUUGAAUCAACCAGAGGCCGAGGGUGUUUUACGGGGAGAGAAGCCAUUGAAACCACUUCUUCUGACUUCCGUAGCCAAUAUGUUCACUAGGUACAUGUGUUCCACCCGAUUCGAUAAUAAAGACGAGGAAUUCCGUCGUAUUGUUGGCUCCUUCGAUGAAAUUUUUUGGGACAUCAAUCAGGGCUAUGCUCUCGAUUUCCUCCCCUGGCUCAAGCCCUUCUAUUCACAGGUUCUCAAUCGACUCGGUGGUUAUGCUUCGACAAUCAGAGGCUUUAUCCUUCGAAGAAUUAUCAAUCACCGUCGUGCGACCCUUGACACCGUCAACGGCAUCCCGAGGGACUUUACCGAUGCUCUGCUACUCCACCUAGAGAGCCCAAAGACCGAUCUCUCCUGGGAUCAUAUUCUCUUUGAGCUCGAGGACUUUUUGGGCGGCCACUCAGCCAUUGGAAAUUUAGUAAUGAUGAUUCUGGCGCAAACAACAGUACAACCUCAGGUGCAGAAAAAAAUUCAAAUAGAAUGCGACGCGAUACUUGCUAAAUCAGGGGAUCCACAAGGUCUUGUCUCUAUGGACGACCGACAGGACAUGCCAUACACCGAUGCCGUUAUCUGGGAGACCCUGAGGAUGUCGAGUUCUCCAAUAGUGCCGCACGUUGCCACUGUAGACACUCACAUUGCUGAUUAUCCAGUGAGCAAGGACACUGUGGUAUUUAUCAACAACUUUGAAAUGAAUCUUGGUGAGGCCUACUGGGGCCCCGACUCUCGUCAAUUCAAGCCCGAGAGAUUUAUCAAAAUGAUUAAUAAUAAACCUCGAGUCACACGACCUGAACACUUCGUUCCAUUUUCAACGGGCAAGAGAACCUGCGUCGGCCAGAAACUCGUCCAAGGAUUUGCAUUUGUCAUUGUCACUGCACUUCUCUCGCGCUUUGAUAUUCAUGCUGUCGAGGAUUUGAAAAGCAAACUCAUACCAGGAUGCGUUGCUGUACCACCAAAUGCAUUUCACUUGGCAUUGACACCCAGACAAUCCACUGCACCGUAAUUUAUAAUUUUUAUUCUUAUUAUUAUUAUUAUUUUAUUAUUAUUUUGCCCCAUUGUCAUUAUUACUUUGUGUCGAUACUCUCAAUCGAGCUCUUAAUCGAACGAGGGAGCGGAUCGGACAAAUUAAUGGAGAAUAAGAAGGAAAUUAAAAGUCUGACGUAAUUUUGAGAGUUAUAGUAGAAUUUUAUAUUGUUUGUUUAUUCAUUGUUAAGUAAGAUCAUUCGCUGAAUACAAAAAAAAAUGGUUGCAAUUAAUUGUAUGCGAUCAGUAAGACUGAAUUUUGUACACCUCGUCAAUUGUGUCGGGUUCUAUAUUAUUAUUGAUUUAUUCAUAUUGUUUUAAUGAUUUUAUGUGGAAUGAAAGAAUAAUAGCGAUUCACGUAGAAAUAGGGAGAGAUAGAGAGAUUUAGUAAAAUUAGCGCUUGUGAAGGAUGGAUAUAUAUAUCAGCCAUUAUCGUUAAAUUUUCGCUUCUGAAUCCAACUAUUUUCCUUUAAAUUUUAAGAUGUAAACAUUCUAUUUUCAUAGAAAUAAAAAGGAAAAAAAUAUUGCUUUACUGCAUUU